AUGCAGAGCAAGCCGGCCAAUGAGCGUGUCAACAGUACCGGCUUCAGUCCCUUUGCAUGGCUGUGUGCAGCAGGGGUCCUUAUCUUUGGGUCGUCAUCGGCAAUAGCAGUCAAGAGCAUGGGUAUGAUGGACCCAGUUCCGGCAAGACCGGGGGGUUCUCCUGUUGUUUUUGACCACACAUACAUGACCUCUCUCUUCCUGUUCGUGGGAGAGGCUUGCAGCUUAAUUCUUUAUGGAGUCUAUCGCGUGAUUACUUGCACCCGGUCAAAGAAGACGGUAACCAAAACAACUAGCUUCCUAGAGCCUCUUUCGAUCAAGCAACUUGAGAAGAAGCCCUUCAAACCGUGUCCUCAUGCCUUUCUCUUUCUUGUCCCAACACUUUUCGAUCUCGGUGCAACCGUUAUGCUCAACUUUUCUAUUUUCUUUGUAGUGGUGUCUGUGCAGCAAACAAUCAGCAACUUUGUUGUAGUGUUUGUCGCUCUUUUUUCUCUGAUCUGCUGGCGCGACUAUCGCCAGCAAUUUGAUCUACCUCACGGAAUCGGCCUUCUAGUUAUAGCAGGAGGAAUCGCAGCCGCAUCUUCCGUUUCUAUUGUGUACGGAGACAGCAUAGGGACCUCUCGUAACGCAGUACUAGGGGUUGUGCUGGGAUUCGGGGGGACGAUAUUUGCGGCGCUUUGCUUCAUAUUUGAAGAGUUAUUCCUCCGAAGAAUUCAUGUUCCUGGAAUGAUCGGUGUCGGCAUAGAGGGGCUGUGGGGUAUUGGCUUCUGUGCCUGUCUCAUUGCUAUCAUGAACUUUGUACCAGAUCCCUCGCGGUCCGGCAGUCCAGACACGGGAAGGUCCACAAUGCUAGAGUCAGCAGUUGAGUGGGCAUACCAAGUGUCUAUUCAGCCUAUACAAAUCCUUUUCAUAGUUAUCUAUGCAUUCAGUACGCUGCUUUUCAAUGUAUCUGGCAUGGAGGUUACCCGGCGGAUAUCAUCGGCUACACGGGCCACAUUCAACUCCUGCCGCGCAAUGAUUGUCUGGCUGGCCUCAUUGGCCAUAGGAUGGGAGCACUGGAGCAUCCCAGGGUCAAUCAUCAUGAUUAUCGGGUACGUCCUUAUCGUCGUGGGGACGCUUAUAUUUAAUAACGUGUUCAGAAUUGUUCCAUACUGCAAGAAGACCAAUAUUUCCAGAUAUGGGUGUUGGAUGGGUAGAAGCAAAACGACGGAAAGGAAACUGAAAGAAGAAGCACCUUUCCUUCCUUCUGAGGGUGGCUCUUCAAGUAACUGUAACUCGAGCACGCCCAACGAUCCUCCAGUGACCCUCGAGUGCUAA